UAGUAUACACGGUUCGGCCGGGAAGCGGUGUGCUUGUCAGUCGUGGUUCGUUCGCUCGCGACUCGAGCCGGCCCGUUCUCUGACAGCCGAAUACAUACACCGUUUUUUUUUUUUGUUGCAAUUUUUGUAACCGCGGGCUGCGCGGUAUCGGGGCCUACCGCGCGAUCCUCUGCGUCGAAAGGUAGCCGCCCACGCGUACGAUCGAUCGAUCGAUAGGAUCGUGUGUGCUCUCCCAGUUCGUCUGCGUCCCACGUUCGCGCGUAGCCAUGGGAGCCCAAGAACUGGUGUUCACGGCACUGUCCGUGUUUAUCGCCGGUUAUCUGCUCACUGGAAACCGACGACGCUUCAUUUACGCGCUCUACAAAACAUUACCUAGAGACGUGCUGGGCGCCUACAGAUUCAUCCGUGUCAAUAUCCUCUUGUGGUGGUGGGAAACGCGAGAGCUCACGGUGGCUAGGGUGUUCUCCAAUUACGCCACAGCCCAUCCCAAUAAAAUAGCCUACAUAUUCGAGGACAAGGAAUGGACCUAUCGAGACCUAGAAGAGUACAGCAAUCGUCUGGGACGAUACUUUCGAUCGAAAAACUUGUCACGCGGGGACAGUGUCGCCCUGAUCAUGGAAAGCAGGCCCGAAUACGUGGGAACUUGGCUGGGUCUGAGCAAGGCUGGCUUCGUUGGCGCUCUAAUCAACACCAACCUUCGUCACGAUGUUUUGGUGCACAGCAUGAAGGCGGCUAACUGCAAGGCGGUGAUUUUUGGGUCUGAAUUUAAAGAAGUGAUUAAGGAGAUCAAGGAGAAAAUCCCUGAGCUGGCACUUUACCAAUCGUCGGAACUGCCAGACACGACGUGUCUCGAAGGAGCGACCGAUCUAAGCGCGGAACUUCGACGCGUCGAUUCCGCGCCCCUCGUCGAGGAGCUCGCUCUUGGUACACCCCGCGAUAAAUUAAUUUACAUCUACACGUCUGGCACCACCGGGCUGCCGAAGGCUGCCGUUAUCACUAAUCUAAGGUUCAUGCUGAUGUCGUGUGGAGUUCGAUUCAUGUUGAACUUACGUUCUACCGAUCGAAUUUACAAUUCCCUGCCGCUUUAUCACACCGCGGGAGGAUUGAUUGGUGUUGGCCAGGCAUUGCUGACCGGCGUGACGGUCGUGCUCAGAAGACGUUUCAGCGCCUCGAAGUUCUGGCCGGACUGCGUUCAUUACGAAUGCACGGUCGCCCAGUAUAUCGGCGAGAUAUGUCGGUAUUUGCUCACCGUCCCUCCGGGUCCCUGCGACAGGAAGCACAAAGUUCGUCUGAUAUUUGGGAACGGGCUCAGACCACACAUCUGGCAACCUUUCAUAGAAAGAUUCGGCGUGAAGCAAAUUGGCGAAUUUUACGGCGCCACCGAAGGAAACUCGAAUCUUGUGAAUAUUGAUAAUACAAUCGGCGCCGUGGGAUUCGUGCCGUUGUGCGCGGGCUCUUUGUACCCUGUGGCUCUGUUGAAGGUUGAUCACGAAACUGGAGAACCCGUGAGAGGACCAGAUGGCCUCUGUGUUCGUUGCAAAGCUGGCGAGCCAGGCAUCUUCGUGGGCAAGAUAAACCCGAAGAAGGUGGUGAACGACUUCUCCGGUUACGCGGAUAGGAAAGCGUCCGAGCAGAAGAUUCUCCGCGACGUGUUCCGGAAAGGCGAUCGCGCCUUCAAUUCUGGUGAUAUUUUGGUUAUGGAUGAGUUCGGCUAUUUCUACUUCAAAGACAGGACCGGUGACACGUUCAGGUGGCGUGGCGAAAACGUUGCAACUUCGGAGGUGGAGGCUAUUGUCAGCAAUGUGAUAGGACUGAAGGAUGCAGCUGUUUAUGGUGUAGAGGUACCUCACGCGGAAGGGAAGGCUGGAAUGGCCGCUAUUUAUGACCCAGAGAAUACCCUGAACAUCAAGGAAAUGUCGGAGGGCGUGAAGAAGACCCUGCCAACGUACGCCAGGCCUCUUUUCGUUCGAGUUCUGUCGGAACUACCAAUGACUGGUACGUUUAAGUUGAAGAAAAAGGAUCUUCAGCAAGACGGUUUCAAUAUAAAAAAGAUUACGGACCCAGUUUAUUUUCUGGAUAGCUCUGGCGUCUACGUGAAAUUCACGGAGCAGCUUUACAACGAUAUUCUCGAGGGCAGAGCUCGAAUAUAAACGCUACGAACUGAAUAUCUUUUUUUUUUAUAAAAGUAGUCUUAAACAGCGAAAGAGUCGAUGAAGGUGUAAUCCCGAUUUUUGUACAAUUUCUAUUUAUUGAUAGGAAAGGGGAGUACAGCGAGCCGAAGAGGGUUCGGUCGAUUGGUUGUCUUUCGUCUCGUCGGAACGUUUCGUCAGAAAUUAUUCCGAGAAGCAUUUAUACAUAUUAUAUAUAUUUUUUACACGUAUUUUGUCCUACGAAUGCUGAAGCUGAUAUUCAAUUAUUUCAAGCUACAGAACACAAUUUGAAAAUCUUAGAUUUUCGUGAAUGGAAUCUAUGAUACCUCCUUGUAGAAUAUCCACAAUCCUGUGCAUAUCCAUUUCCUUUUAAUCUAUAGCGAUGAAUGUAGAUAUACUUUACGAAACAAAUCUCUAGAGAUUAAGACUUUGAUUUAUUUUGUAAGAAGUGAUAAGGACUGCGACUGUAAACUAACGUUGUAAAAUGGAACACCAGAUUCUAGUUUAAUAAAAAUUGUUCUCCGUAAAUAAGACGCCUGUUCGACUUUCCAUGUUGGAAAAACGUUGCUUUUUGGACACCCAGUAGAGAGUCAGGCAUCGUUUGUGCGCAGUCUCUAGGAGUACAGUGGCUCUUAUCGUUAUCGGCGCGACGAAUAGUAUUGUGUCAACAUUCCGUACAAAUUACACAGCCAACAGAAACGAAUAUUCCAUUAAUAACUCAUUUUCCUAAGACACGUACGAUUAAAGUGAUUUUUAGAAGAAUUGCCUACCAAAGUGAAACGAACAGUUUACCAGAGAAAGUCUAAUAAUUAUGAAAUAUACAAAUCGUAGAUUCUACAACCGUGAACCGUCACGAUCCACGCAUCUAAAACGUUCUCUCGAGCCGUUUCAACGUGAUUACGCAACGCUCGUUGUCUCUAAAUAAAUGGAAAAAUACUAGCUGCCUCAACUUUGCGCUACAGUGCCUGCUAUCGUGUGCGCAAUGUUCCACCGCUCACCAAUCUCAGAACAAAUAGAAAGUGUCAGGAUGCAAACAAUCU